GUGUGUGAGAGAGAGAGAGAGAGAGAGAGACAGAUGCAGGCAGCUGAGAGAGCAGUGAUGAUGAUGAUGAUGAUGAGAACGAGGAGGAGGAGCAUCCUCGGGAAUAAAUUGUGGUCCAGAUGUUGCAAGUGGAUCCAGACUCGUUAGGACCACUUCACGCCCCUUGAGGAGCUCACAGAAGGAUGUGAAGCAGAUUUGCUUUGGUCGCUUUGGAGGCCGAAGCAAACUCAGCACAGGGAGUUCUAGACUAGAUAGGACAGCUCUAAUCUGAGGGGCCGGUGCUGGAUCAAGUAUUUAUCCUCUCAACUCGCUCCCAGAUCUUGGUCCCUAUUAAAGUCAAUACAUAAUCCCUCAUUUCGGUUCUGGACCCGACCGUGGUAAGUGAAAUUUUGUUCGAUUUUAUUCAAUUAAGUUCGAUUCCUUAUUUAUGAAUCAAAUAUUUUCAAAGUUAAAGCAUAGAAAACAUGCUCACGACGUUCUAAAUAUGUGUAUUAACAUUUAUAGAGCCCUCUAGACAUGGAAUAACACCCCUAUAGCCACCUUUACACUACUAUUACCCAAUAUAGUCGACAUAGAAGACAUAGAAAAGAUGUUUAUGACCUUCUAAAUAUGUGUAUUAACAUCUAUAGAGCCCUUUAGACAUGAAAUAACACCCCUACAGCCACCUUUACACUACUAUUACCCAAUAUAGUCGACAUAGAAGACAUAGAAAAGAUGUUCAUGACCUUCUAAAUAUGUGUAUUAAUAUUUAUAGAGCCCUCUAGACAUGAAAUAACACCCCUAUAGCCACCUUUACACUACUAUUACCCAAUAUAGUCGACAUAGAAGACAUAGAAAAGAUGUUCAUGACCUUCUAAAUAUGUGUAUUAACAUUUAUAGAGCCCUCUAGACAUGAAAUAACACCCCUAUAGCCACCUUUACACUACUAUUACCCAAUAUAGUCGACAUAGAAGACAUAGAAAUGAUGUUUAUGACCUUCUAAAUAUGUGUAUUAACAUCUAUAGAGCCCUUUAGACAUGAAAUAACACCCCUACAGCCACCUUUACACUACUAUUACCCAAUAUAGUCGACAUAGAAGACAUAGAAAAGAUGUUCAUGACCUUCUAAAUAUGUGUAUUAACAUUUAUAGAGCCCUCUAGACAUGAAAUAACACCCCUAUAGCCACCUUUACACUACUAUUACCCAAUAUAGUCGACAUAGAAGACAUAGAAAAGAUGUUUAUGACCUUCUAAAUAUGUGUAUUAACAUCUAUAGAGCCCUUUAGACAUGAAAUAACACCCCUACAGCCACCUUUACACUACUAUUACCCAAUAUAGUCGACAUAGAAGACAUAGAAAAGAUGUUCAUGACCUUCUAAAUAUGUGUAUUAACAUUUAUAGAGCCCUCUAGACAUGAAAUAACACCCCUAUAGCCACCUUUACACUACUAUUACCCAAUAUAGUCGACAUAGAAGACAUAGAAAAGAUGUUUAUGACCUUCUAAAUAUGUGUAUUAACAUCUAUAGAGCCCUUUAGACAUGAAAUAACACCCCUAUAGCCACCUUUACACUACUAUUACCCAAUAUAGUCGACAUAGAAGACAUAGAAAAGAUGUUUAUGACCUUCUAAAUAUGUGUAUUAACAUCUAUAGAGCCCUUUAGACAUGAAAUAACACCCCUAUAGCCACCUUUACACUACUAUUACCCAAUAUAGUCGACAUAGAAGACAUAGAAAAGAUGUUUAUGACCUUCUAAAUAUGUGUAUUAACAUCUAUAGAGCCCUUUAGACAUGAAAUAACACCCCUACAGCCACCUUUACACUACUAUUACCCAAUAUAGUCGACAUAGAAGACAUAGAAAAGAUGUUCAUGACCUUCUAAAUAUGUGUAUUAAUAUUUAUAGAGCCCUCUAGACAUGAAAUAACACCCCUAUAACCACCUUUACACUACUAUUACCCAAUAUAGUCGACAUAGAAGACAUAGAAAAGAUGUUUAUGACCUUCUAAAUAUGUGUAUUAAUAUUUAUAGAGCCCUCUAGACAUGAAAUAACACCCCUAUAGCCACCUUUACACUACUAUUACCCAAUAUAGUCGACAUAGAAGACAUAGAAAAGAUGUUUAUGACCUUCUAAAUAUGUGUAUUAACAUCUAUAGAGCCCUUUAGACAUGAAAUAACACCCCUACAGCCACCUUUACACUACUAUUACCCAAUAUAGUCGACAUAGAAGACAUAGAAAAGAUGUUUAUGACCUUCUAAAUAUGUGUAUUAAUAUUUAUAGAGCCCUCUAGACAUGAAAUAACACCCCUAUAACCACCUUUACACUACUAUUACCCAAUAUAGUCGACAUAGAAGACAUAGAAAAGAUGUUUAUGACCUUCUAAAUAUGUGUAUUAACAUCUAUAGAGCCCUUUAGACAUGAAAUAACACCCCUAUAGCCACCUUUACACUACUAUUACCCAAUAUAGUCGACAUAGAAGACAUAGAAAAGAUGUUUAUGACCUUCUAAAUAUGUGUAUUAACAUCUAUAGAGCCCUUUAGACAUGAAAUAACACCCCUAUAGCCACCUUUACACUACUAUUACCCAAUAUAGUCGACAUAGAAAAUAUGUUUAUGACCUUUUAAAUAUGCUUCCUAACAUGAUUAGGGCCAUCUAGACAUUAAAUAUAAAUCCCCAAUGUAGUAAAAUAAGACAUAAUAAGACAUUGGCCAUAUUCAAUCAUGAAAGAGCAAUGACUUAUUAAUACUAUUUUUCUGAAAAUGCGUGACAGAUGAGUGACAAAAUUUUAGCGUCAAGGCAUUACUGUACCUCCCUUUCCAAAAUGCUUUGUAUAAGGCCUUGAUAACCGAAAGUCGUAUUUAAGGCAUUUAGAGGAGCCACAGGGCCCCUCAAUGACAAGUGAUGACCUCAUUAGGGAUGCCAGGUUGGGGGGUGGGUCUUCGUUGUCCCAGCAGCAUCUGGAGUGCAGGACAGACGUCUGUCAGGUUUAAUCUGAUGGCGGUCACUGAUGCGUCUAAUCUGGUUGAUGGUGCAUUUGAGCCUCACAGCUGUUUCCUCCACACACAAAAAAAACAAAAAAACUCCUGCCAGGAGCUCCACGUCACGUUAGAAACUUUGCUAACAGAAGCGAGAUGCUAACAGUGACGUGAACUUAGUGAAUGGGCUAAGAUGUCGGCGGAGGACCAGCUAAAACUCUGAUCUGUGACCUUCCACAUUCUGUCGGACGUUGUCCUCGUCGUCCACGUCCUCGUCGUGUAUGGCGGCCCGGAGGCGGCUGGCGCCCUCUUUGUGGCAAGCUAACAGAGCAAGAUGGAGCGUCAACAAAGCAAAGAGCUCCAGGCUGCCAUCGUCCCUCGGAUGGUGUGUCUGGGCUCUAAAAAGCGUCCUCCAAGCCUAAACUAAUGGACUACACGUUUGUGAGCUUGUCAUGAAGAAAAUGUGAGUGAGGAUGGAAAGAGAGGAUGAUUUUUUCCUCCGCACCAGCAAAGACUGUCCCGCAAUCUCCCUUCACAUGUUUGAGGACCUCGAGCAGAUCAUCUCACGCCACUACAGAGGGCAGAGUGCAGAGGGAAUAAAGCUUUCCAGGGAUUACUGCAGUCAAACUAUUUCUGGAUCUGCUCGAGGCUGGAAGGGGCAAGCUGCUAGCAUUAGCAUGGAGCACAUCGGCCAGGCCUGAGAUGCUUAAGCUGUUACGCAUUUCACACGGGACUGUUUUGGUGAACAUGGAUGUGAAAUAUCCGUCAAACUGUUGGUGCCGGGAAAGCCACCUCGUCCGGCUUCUGAGCUCCAACCCACCAAUGGCGCUAUGUUACCGCUCUGACUUCAUACACGGAUCGUGUUGUGGUCCGAGGCAUAAUCCAUGUGGCUGACAUGAGGCACCAGGACCAGGACAGACAAAACCUCCAUGAAAUUUGCGUCACGUCCAUCCUGCUGCUGGUUCUGCUGGGGCUGCUUGGUUCAGUCUGCUGCUGUCCCAGCGUCUGCAUCUGUGAUGGGAACACCACCGACUGCUCCGCCCUGGGUCUGACCUCUUUGACACCCCUACUGCCGCUGCUGGACCAGGACACCGAUACCCUGCGCCUGGCCCAGAACAACGUCUCUUUCCUGGCUGCUUCAGACUUCACCAACCUCACCAGCCUGAAGGUGCUGGAUCUUUCCCAAAAUCACUUUUCCACCCUUCAGGCGGGAGUCUUCUCAUGCCUGAGUGGCCUGCGGUGGCUCAAUCUGUCCGGCAACCACCUGGGAACACACGUCGCUACCUCGUGCAACGCUAACUGCAGCAAAGAGCUGGAGCAAAAGCUUAACAGAAGCCGUGGAGGCGUGGGCUUGAGCAAGGAGGUCUUCAAGGGGCUAGAGUGGCUGCACGGUCUUGACCUGUCCUACAACGGCCUCCUCUGGCUACCCGUAGACCUACUGAAUGGACUCCAGAGACUCUCAUGGUUGUCGCUGGCCAGGAAUCGGCUGGCAGUCCUGGAGAGGGGCACCUUUGAGCCACUGGUGGGGCUUCAUCAGCUCCUGCUGGCUGGGAAUCCUUGGGAAUGUGACUGCAAGUUAUGGGACUUCAAGCAUUGGAUGGAGUGGAUGAUCUACAGAGAUGGUUUGGUGGACACGAUGACGUGCAGCUUUCCAAGAAACCUGAUGGGCAGGAACCUCCGCAACGUACCAGCGGAGAUGUUCAACAACUGCCUGCGGAGUGGCGCCAGGGAAGCUACGUUCGGCGGCAGCAUCCGACCUCUCUGUCCACCAGGCCGUGUCAGCAGCAACGACGAGUGCGUGCGCCAGCGCUACCGUCCGGUUAGCGUCCGCCGAGCACACGUGACGCAGAUUGUGGCGGGGGUGGUGUGCAGCACGGUGUGCGUCAUGAUGGUGGUGGCGGCAACGUACGGAUGCAUCUACGCAUCGCUGAUGGCUCGCUUCCAGCGGGAGCUGAAGAACCGAGGGCAGCCUCUGAUGGCCGAGUGCAGAAUGGAUGACCCUGAAGAUGUGCAAUCUCCAACCGAGGUGCCAGAGGAGGCACCGCCGAAAGAAGCCUGUGUGGUCCAUGGGUACCGAAUCAGCAGCUUCUGACUUUUGGCUAAGAGAUACGGGGUUCCAUCCUCGCUGCCGUCACCCAUACCAUCCUCGCUCCCGUCACCCUGUCGCUGUUGUUGUGUCCCUGGGCAAGGCACUUCACACAUCUCACCUCCAGUGAUACCCACACUGGAUUAUGAAUGUUUGUUGGUGAGACGAGCGAAUUGGCAGCCAUGUUUCCGUUAGACUACCCCACGGCAGCUGUGACUACUGAUGUCCACCGGUGUGUGACUGAGGAGUGAAUGAAAAAUGGCUUCACUUCAUUGUGAAGCGGUGGUCGGAGAGGCCAUAUAGGCAGCCAUGUUUCCGUCAGACUACCCCACGGCAGCUGUGACUACCGAUGUACUGUUGAUGUGUGAUUGAGGAAUGAAGGAAAAAUGGCUCCACUUCAUUGCGAAGUGUUUUCGGUGCCUUGAAAAUAAUGAAUAUUUACAUUUUCUUCUUCAAUAAGCUUCAUAAAUGUUCUUUUUGUAAUAUUGUAUUGUAACUUUUUCCCAAACCUAAUUUUCCAAAAAUUGCACUUGUUCUCUAGGUUUAUUCUCGCAAAAUUGCAACAUUCUUUUUUGUUAGAAUACAACUUUUCCUCUUAUUCUUGUAAAAUUAUUAUUUUUAUUUAUUUAUUUGUGCAUUUAAAAAAAAAAAAAAAAUUCCAACUAACUUUCUUCUUUCUUGUAAUUAUGACCUUAUUCCCAUAAUAUUAGAACCUAAUUUUAUAAAAACUACAACUUUAUUUAAUUGUUUUUCUUAUUAUGACCGUUGAAUUUUUUUCUUUAAUAUUUCAACUCUAUGCUACGAAAAUUACAUUAUUUUUCCUCGUAAUAUUACAACUUUAUUCUCGUAAAAUUAAGACUUUAUAUCGCGUUACAAUACAAAUUUUUUCUCUUAGUAUUCUUACUUUAUUCUCAGCUGUUCUUUGUUUUUUAUUUCCAACUACAGUAAACCUCGGAUAUAUCGGAUUCAAUUGUUCCCACUGGUUUUGUCCGAUAUAAGCGAAAUCCUUUAUAUGCGUAUACCGGAAAAUGUCCGUUUUACGCAUAUAUCGGAUUUAUAUCCGGUAUAUGCGUAAAUGGGAUUUUAUCCGUUAUAAAAAGGCACUUCCUUGACUAUGUUUCCAAUGUACCUGGACGCGCAGGCAACGCUGCAAACGCUGCAAAUGACGUCGUAUAGCGGCCUGUCACGAUUCGGCGAAUCGGAGCGCCACGAUGCGGCCAUCCGAUAUAUGCCAGGGAAAUUUCAUGGAAAUGCAUUGGAACGGGACUGGAGAUUUUGUCCGAAAUAGGCGAAAUCCGUUAUAAAAAAUCCGAUAUAUGCAAUGAAUUUUUAUUGGAAAUGCAUUACAGAAAAAUCGCUUCUUUUUUAUCUGUCCGUUGUGAGCGAAUUUCCGAUAUAUCCGAGUCCGAUAUAUCCGAGGUUUACUGUAUUUCCACUUUUUUAAUGUAAAUUGUCUUCUUGUAAUUCUGACUUUAUUCCCAUAAUAUAAUGUUACCAAUAUAUAAUAGACUCUGAACUACUCCAACAUGUGUACUUCAAUGACUGCCCGUGCCCUGUGGGAAACACACCUAAAGUACUCUUCACUCAUAAUGACUGUGUUAAUAAAGU